AUGGGUAUUCUAGCUUUGGAACCCCAUCCCCGUUUGGCCGCCCCAGAUUCUCCUCCCGGGCUGGUUAGCCCAUCCUCAUCUUCUUACUCCUCCAGACCAUCUCCUCCCGCGGAUCAACUCUGGAACACCAGAUUUGGCCCAGUAUCUCCUCCCAUGUCGAACUAUGAGCAGAGUUCAGCGGCCGACAUGGCGACUAAAAGCAUGGAAGAUACUCCGAGCCGCAAAGAUUCAACACAAAGCGCCCCUCGUCAGCAGUUGCCUUCGCUGAGCAGUCUCUUUGGACCUCCAUCUUCCGUCAGGCCGCUGCACUCUCCGUUGUCUGACCGGCCUGGCGGCUAUCCCGUCACCUCUCCCCUGGACCGGCCGCGUAUGCCUUCAGCGCAUGGCGAUCGCUCAUACUCCACAUCGUACUUCCCGCCACAAGAGUCUCCAGCAAUUUCUCAACCAAGGAGCACUUAUGAUGCGAGAUACGACCAUGACAGACAGGCACUGCACGGGUUGUCACGUUCCUUCUCGGGAUCUGGAUCACCAAUGUACCGUGAGCCGGAGCACUUGCGUCAGGAUUCUAGAUCCGACGCCGGACUAGGAGGCAAGUGGUCAAUGCAUCACGAGACCGGAAAACACGAGUAUUCCUUGGUGACCAGAGACAGUCAAUCAUGCCUACGGGGAUCUUUUGACAGACCUUCAUACCAGUACUCCAGCUCCAAAGACGCCGGUCCCUCCUACCGAGAUCAGCGGCCUUCUUCAGGCUCCGGGUUGAUGCAGCCCUCAACGCCGGCAAGUACCACAACCUCCGAGGGAAUUCCUUCAAAGGAUGGUCUUGGCCCCAAGAUUUGGACAGGAACGCAUUUUCUUCCCCGCUUCGUACGUGCUGCUGAGGUGCCAGGGGAGGGCAUGUGUUACUUUUAUGAUGAUGGAAGCCACUGCAAAACUGUCAUCGAUGGUGAAGCCGUCAAUGCCCACUGGGGUGUGACCAAGGCCGGAAAGCCGAGAAAGAGAUUGGCGAUUGCUUGUGUUACGUGCAGGGAAAAGAAGAUCAAAUGCGACCCGGACUACCCUCGAUGCGUGCAGUGCGAGAAGUUUGGCCGAGUUUGCAAAUUCAAGAACGCACCUCGAGGCGGCCACAAUACGUCUCCGUCAACGCCGCCUGCAGAGCCGGAAGACAUGCGGCGGAUGGGAGGGCCCAUCAACUCGAACGAUAUGCACCGGCCUGGCAGCAACUCCAGCGCCUCAGUUUCUCCUCGUACUACCUUGCGUCAGCCGAGCCCAGAGCCCCCCAUGCCUCACAAGAGGAUGCGCUUGGGUUUUGAUUCCUAUCCUCCGAUGACGAGCGAGCCACCGUCAUUGAAUCGGACGCCUGAAGUGCCCAAGGCAAGCAUCUCCUGGCAACAUCGCCAGCCGAUUGAGCUCCCUCGCAUUCACGAGGACGUGCUCAACCGAGCAUGGCAAACAGAUCCAAGACCUGAUGCUCAUCUAUAG